AUGUCGGAGGGCGCUGCAACCACUCCAUCCGUCAUAGCUGAAAAUGGGGAGAAAUCGGCGGGAGGUGAAGCCACUAUGAAAAUGGCUGAAAUGAAGAUACAAGAUACGGAGGAGACCGCCGAACAACCUUCGGAAACCGAUCAGGAUGCCAAAAUUGAUCCGAGAGAGAAUGGUGAUGACGGCUUCCACACACCGGAAGCGACAGAUGAAGGGCAGAAAGAAGGUAGUGCCAAGCUGGACGAUGACGAAAUCGAGGACAAUCCAGCAUAUAUCCCUCGAAAAGGUAGAUACUACAUGCACGAUUCUCGCGACGCCGAGGAAGAAGUAGAAGAGGAGAAAAAAACCAGCAGAGCAGAUGGAACUUGGAAACAUGAUAGGUUCGAUGAGCGUUGGCAACGUCCAAAGACCAAGAAACAAAUUAUGACACGUUAUGGAUUCGAUAUUCGCGAAGGAGAAACUCAGGAAGAAGCUGAAGAGAACCAACGAAAACGAACGGCAGAGAAGGCAAAAAAGGAGACCACCGAAGAGUCAGAACUUAUGGGGGAGAAGAGACGGGCGAAGAAAACGACUAGAGCCAAACCGAGGCCACGUGUGGAAAAAACCCAAAAUACACCAGCGAAAGUUCGUCCGCAAAGGGUUCAGAAACAAGAGAAGCAGUCAAAUGAUGAGCGACCUUUGCAAGAAGGGGAAGAUCGGGUUGCAAAUGCUCGACGCGAGGAUGAUGAUGACGAUGAUGUUCAUGUUGGCCAGCGACGUCAGGUACGGCCGGAGCACCGUCGCGACCGCCACGAUCGUACCGAUGUUCGGGUCGUGCGCAAUGUUCGUGGAAGUAGAGGUGGCCUGAGCGGACAUCGAUUGGAAAGACAUGCACCGAUGAAGGAUCGUUAUGAUCGAGACCGCUACAGGGACCAUGACAACGGUUAUCGGAGAGAACAACGACAUGAAGAAAGACAUUAUGAGAAUCACCGUCGUGGCGUGAUGAGAGGCAGCGUUAGAGGAGCCAGUUCCUACACGCGUGGACAGCCGUCAAGAACGUUCACAGCGUCACAUGCUGAUAGCCGAGAAUCCGGCUAUCAACGAGAAGAAGUCCCCCCACAGAGAAAUGCUGGAUACUCACCAAGAGCUUUAGACAACGGCGCAUAUUACGAUAAUCGAGGCGGAUAUGCACCUCGAGGCGGUUACGCUGGUCGCGGACGGGGUGGUAUCGCAGCGUCACCACGUGGCGGCUAUUCUCCGCGUGGUGAUACGUAUCCAACGCGUGGAUUUACUGGACCGAAAAGAUACUCAGAGCAACGUGGUGAAAUUAUACCACCACCAGUGCAAAUGGCAGUGCCACCCCCACCACUUCCACCACCACAGCACAAUUUCAGCAUUCCUCGUCAGCCGACUGAUGUGGUGUACUUUGAUCCUACUCAGCAGCCGAGCAGACAACCAUUACCACCGCGUGAAAAGAAGAUUAUCGAGAUAGUGCCACCGUCGAAUUGA